AUGCAAGGCUGGUCGCCAGUUCAACGUCGAUCCUCCAUUACUCCAGGCUGCCCACCGCCGAGUGAUUUCCGAACUAACAGCCCCCGGCGAUCGCUUUCAAGCUUCGUCCUGCGGGCAUUCGCUCCAGUUCGAGUCCAGCCUGCGUAUAGAUCAAGAGCCCCAGCGCCAGAUGAACCAUCAAAGAUGUUAACAAGAUUCCAGGUCCUCGUGGGGCUGUACCAUUGGCUGACGUGCAUCUUCAUCAUCGGCCUCGUGUGCUCCCAACUUCUACGAGCCGUCUGGGACUCGACCACCACACACGAGCACGUGCUCUACGGUAGAAGUCCCUUGCUCGGACUAUCGCAGAUCGUCGGCAGCAACGACGUGCCCUACGCGGAUCGAGUGAUCGCGUGUGUUGGCAAGGGGCGGUUCUACGAGCCGAAGUUGGUGAGCUCACUGCUCGCUGCUCCGGGGGAAUCCGCGGUUCUGGAAGACUCCACUGGUAUCUCAUUAACCGCUUACCGACUAAAGCAGCGUCGAAGCGGAUCAGUCUCCGACGCUCUCGACUCGACAGCGUACCCGAUCUACGCAAAAUCUUGCGAGCUCAUGGCCGACACCAUUGAGAAUAUUUUCGCGGGGUGCACUGCGUUGGGCUACUCCAACCUCACUCAAGACAACUUGCGUGUUGAUCUGUACAAACUCCCACACACACUACCGAUUCUCAUCAUGCCGUAUUGGGACAACGCAAUCUACGCGCGUCACGCCAUUCCGACGUGGGGAGGUGACGCCUGUAUAUUUCGACUGGAAGGCGCCUACACUGGUGAGCAAGGGAUAGCGAGUUUUCUAGGCGUUAACCUGAGUGUCCAUCAUGAACGAACGUUGCAGUGGUUGGGUCGUACAGGAGGGUACUGGAAGAACGGCUGGUACGAGGACACGGAGGGGAUUCGAUGGUAUUCGGACGUUAAGAGUUCUUGGCGCGGGGGCCAGUACAAUAUGAUGCACCGACAGUUCGACAUGCGCUCGGAACAAGAGGUUGACUGCUCGGAUCCGAAUAACUGUGAGGUACCGGCCCUAGUUCAGCGGUGGGGCGACAAAUUCAGCUCAACUGACCAACCCCGCAAGAUCAGCUCCAUCUCCAUUGCCAAUGGGACCGAGUUCGGGGUGUUCAUGUACGAGUCGUUCGCAGGCCUCCCGAAAAAUCAAUUAGUAGAAAAAUUAAUUGACAUUUCUCAUGGAAUUAUUUAUUUCAACGGUACCGACGUGAACAGCAAUUAA